AUGUGGUCGCCAUAUCUGACACUUGUCCGAACUUCAGCUCAUGGAUCUGCUUCAUUCUUGCCAUGGCAUAGGUACUUCCUCAAGACGUGGGAGUCUGCGUUGAAAGAGCAUUGCGAUUUUAAAGGACAAGUACCCUACUGGGACUGGACUAUGGACUGGAUGGAUCUCGCCGCAUCAUCAAUAUGGAACAAUGAGACAGGCUUCGGUGGCGACGGUGGACCUGAGAGUCCUCUUGUAGUUGGAGGAGGUCGUUGCGUCACCGAUGGUCCGUUCUCACAUUUACGUCCCAUCAGAUACAACCGCACCUACGUGGAACACUGUCUAGCUCGUGGCUUCAAGACCACUGAUACGGCUGGCCGUCCUCUCGGCCCUUGGUUUGGCCCGGAGUCUAUCGGAAAACUUAUGAGGUCGCCGAGUUACCGGGAAUUCGAGUGGGAGAUGGAGAAUCGACUGCAUAAUCGCAUCCAUCGCGCUGUGAGCGGUGACCUCUUGGCUUUCGCUGCCGGAAACGAUCCAGUCUUCUACCUGCAUCACGCGCAGAUUGAUCAUCUUUGGUGGAAAUGGCAGCAGGAAGAUGCAAAGACACGACUAUAUCAGUAUGAGGGGGAGCGCCAGCGCGAUUCGACUAGAAACGCUACUGUGUCGGAUAUUCUUCGAUUCGGCGGGUUCAUAGAAGAUGUUCCCGUCUCGCAUGUUAUGGACACGCAGAACAAAUUCUUAUGCUAUCGCUACUGA